AUGCGACAAGGAAAUGCGACAAAGGUUGUUACAAGUAAUGCGACCGAGGCUGUUACAAGUAAUGCGACUGAGGCUGUUACAAGUAAUGCGACAAAGAAAUGCGACAAGGAAAUGCGACAAAGGCUGUUACAAGUAAUGCGACCGAGGCUGUUACAAGUAAUGCGACCAAGUAAUGCGACAAGGAAAUGCGACAAAGGCUGUUACAAGUAA